AUGACUAGAAAGAAAGUUAAGCUUGCAUACAUCACAAAUGAUAGUUCUAGGAAGGCCACCUUCAAGAAAAGGAAGAAGGGGCUUUUGAAAAAGGUAAGUGAGCUUAGUACCCUCUGUGAUAUCAAGACUUGUGCCAUAAUCUACAGCCCCUAUGACACACAACCUGAGGUCUGGCCAUCCCCCAUGGAAGUCCAAAACAUAAUUGCAAAGUUUAAGAUGAUGCCCGAGAUGGAUCAGAGUAAAAAAAUGGUGAACCAAGAGAGUUUCCUGAGGCAAAGGAUUGCCAAGUCCGAGGAACAAUUGAAGAAACAACAAAGAGAUAACCGAGAGAAGGAAAUGACCCAAGUCAUGUAUAGGAGCUUGGUUGGUGAAGGGCUACAGAAUCUGAAUAUUGUUGAUUUGAACGACUUGGGUUGGGUAAUCGACAAAAGCAUAAAGGAGAUUGAUGAGAAAAUUAAGUCAUUGCUUGAACAACAAGCGGUUCCUCCUCCUCCUCCUCCUCCUCCUCCUGCUGCUGCUCCAGCUCCACAAGUUCAGGACAUGUUCAAUGAUGAGGCUGCAGCAAGGAACACCAAUACAGAUUUGGCUACUGAUUCAUCACAGAAUCAACAGUGGCUGAUGGAUUUGCUGAAAUCAAAUGACAACAUGGGUUUUGGAAGGAACGAUGACAUGCUACCCUACUCACUUCACACCAAUAAUUUUUGGUCGAAUUUUCCUUUCCCUUAG